GCAGCUAUUAUAGAGAUUGUAUUUCUGAAGAGGUUCAAACUCUAGAAAGAAAAUAACUAUAGAAAGUAGCCAUCCAGCGAAGAGUCUUUAUGUCCUUGAAUUUCAUGUUCAAGAACACUUAUCUUGGAAAAUGACCUGACUGGUGAAAGGAAUCAUUAUAAGUGGAUGGUGGGAACAGGCACCAGGUUAAAACAUUUCAAGUUAUGACUGAGAUAAAAGAAAUGACAGCUAUCAAAAAUUAUUGCUUUUAAAGGAUUCCUCUAAAACAUUGGCCACCAUUAAAUAAAGAUGACCCUUUUAAAACUGCAGUUUUUAAUUCGACAAAUGUUAACCAAAAAUCUGACCACCAGUGCUAAGAGGAUUCAUGUACCUAGUGCCCUUACCAUUUGGUUUGUGGCUCUGUCAUCUGAACGGGGUAUCUGAUCCCUGCCGAUAGGGAAAACACGACCAGGAGGUCACCCUGAAACAGGAUGUCAGGAACUCAGCUGAUGGCACACCUUUCCCACCCUCACCAACUCCUUUGCUUAUUGUUCCUCUCCUCCUGGACUGCCUUUUUUCUUCUUUUGUUGAGACGGAGUCUCGCUUUAUCGCCCAGGCUGGAGUGCAGUGUCAUGAACUUGGCUCACUGCAACCUCCGCCUCCAGGGUUCAAGCAGUUCUCAUGCCUCUGCCUCCCGAGUAGCUGGGACCAUAGGCACACACCACCACGCCCGGCUAAUUUUUGUUUUUAGUAGAAAUGGGGUUUCACUGUGUUGGCCAGGCUGGUCUCGAACUUCUGACCUCAAGUGAUCCACAAACCUCAGCCUCCAAAGUGCUGGGAUUACAGGUGUGAGCCACUGCGUCCGGCCCUGGACUGCCUUUCAAUGGCACAAAUAAGAAUAGCUUUUUGGCCAGGCACGUGGGCUUAUGCCUGUAAUCCCAACACUUUGGGAGGCCGAGAUGGGCAGAUCACCUGAGGUCAGGAGUUAGAGACCAGCCUGACCAAUAUGGUGAAACCCCGUCUCUACUAAAAAUACAAAAAUUAGCCAGAUGUGGUGGCAGGUGCCUGUAAUCCCAGCUACUCGGGAGGCUGAGACAGGAGAAUGGUUUGAACCUGGGAGGUGGAGGUUGCAGUGAGCUGAGACCAUACCAUUGCACCUGGGCAACAGAGCAAGACUCCAUCUCAAAAAAAAAAAAGUAAUAGCUUUUCAAGUCCAAAUAUAAAGUAUUCAUUUUGUCAGCAUUCAAUAUUCUAAAAUGGAAAUCUUUUUUUUGCUGAUCAUGAGGAGCUACAUGUACCAAGGGGUCCCAUUCCAGAAGAGCACACUGCUUUUAAAUAAAACAAGAGGGAGAGCUUUUGAGGAACCAUUACACGGUCAGAAUGCUGUUUAUAAGUGAGGAGAAAGUGCCAUCAUUUUUAUCGGAGCUUUUGUAAUUUACUGGGCUUAUGAGGGUAUGCAUUUCAUCAGAUGUGAAGUUGACACCUCCUCAGAAAUUUUAAGGGAAUUUAGUUCUUAAGAUUGCCCAGAGAAAUGCUGAAGAAGUAAGGCAUACUGAUGCCACGUUGUACUAGAUCAUUUAUUUCACUACUUUGGUCAAUAAUCUGAUUUAUGCAUUGGUUGAAAUUUGCCAUUUUAAGGACAUGUAAGAGAUAUCCCCAUUUUAAUUGAGGGCUACAUUGCCAGCUUUCUACCUGAGAAGUCGUUUUUCUUCGGGACGCACAAUCAAAGGCUUUCCUCCGGGAAUGAGAAAGGAAUAGCAUUCUCGCCUGGUGAGUUUUUAGUGAUCGAAUGACUCCCAGCCGGCCCCUACCCUGCUCAAGCUCCUGCUGACUGUCCCAGUGUGGGUCCUGGCCAGAACUGGCACCAAGGCAGUGGGAUCCUUUAUAAAUAGGAUCCCAGGGCCAUACACCAGAUAGCAGGAGCCCACUUCUGGGACACUGGGAGAUGGUGCAGGCAGCCACCCGUAUGUAAAGCACAGCGCCCUAUCCUUCCUGGCAGGGUCACGGUUCAGAAGAUGUAACCUGAUUUUCAUCUGUAGUUAACAGAAGCAUUUUUCCUUGGCAUUCAUACUAAAAAUAGAAAACUAGUAAUUCCAGGGAUCUGGGUUAACCUCUUAAGCAUGUCAACUAUCCAUGAGAAUACUCUUUGUAAAACUAACUCCAGAAAUCACUUGCUAGAGAAGUAGCCCUUCACUGCCUUAGUCUGAGCACCAACGGAAAGUACAUGUUGAAGGCGCUGGCGAGGCCCGUGCAGCCGCAGUAGAGGGCCAGGAGGCGUGUCGUGCGCACCCGCCACAGAGGGCUGAAGGUGCUGCUAAUGGCUCUCUUGGCGUUGCGACGUCGUGGUCAGCAGUUUUUUCCCAUUCUCUCCCUCCAUUUCUUGAGUGAGUAGCCAUGAGUUGGACUGUGCCUGUUGUGCGGGCCAGCCAGAGAGUGAGCUCGGCAGGAGCGAAUUUCCUGUGCCUGGGGAUGGCCCUGUGUCCCAGUCAGGCAGCGCGCAUGCCGCUCAAGGGCGCCUGGCUCUUCACCCCCGUGAGCAAGAUGACGACUGUGAAGAGUGAGCUUGUUGAGCGCUUCACUUCCGAGGAGCCCGUUCAUCACAGUAAGGUCUCCAUCAUAGGAACUGGAUCGGUGGGCAUGGCCUGCGCUACCAGCAUCUUAUUAAAAGGCUUAAGUGAUGAACUUGCCCUUGUGGAUCUUGAUGAAGGCAAACUGAAGGGUGAGACAGUGGAUCUUCAACAUUUCGGCCCUUUCAUGAAAAUGCCAAAUAUUGUUUGUAGCAAAGAUUACCUUGUCACAGCAAACUCCAGCCUAGUGAUUAUCACAGCAGGUGCACUCCAAGAAAAGGGAGAAACGCGCCUUAAUUUAGUCCAGCAAAAUGUGGCCAUCUUCAAGUUAAUGAUUUCCAGUAUUGUCCAGUACAGCCCCCUCUGCAAACUGAUUAUUGUUUCCAAUCCAGUGGAUAUCUUAACUUAUGUAGCCUGGAAGUUGAGUGCAUUUUCCAAAAACCGUGUUAUUGGAAGCAGCUGUAAUCUGGAUACUGCUCGUUUUCAUUUCUUGAUUGGACAAAAGCUUGGUAUCCACUCUGAAAGCUGCCACGGAUGGAUCCUCGGAGAGCAUGGAGACUCAAGUGUUCCUGUGUGGAGUGGAGUGAACAUAGCUGGUUUCCCUUUGAAGGAUCUGAACUCUUAUACAGGAACUGAUAAAGAUCCUGAGCAAUGGAAAAAUGUCCACAAAGAAGUGAUUGCUAGUGCCUAUGAGAUUAUUAAAAUGAAAGGUUAUACUUCAUGGGCCAUUGGCCUAUCUGUAGCUGAUUUAACAGAAAGUAUUUUGAAGAAUCUUAGGAGAACACAUCCAGUUUCCACCAUCAUUAGAGGUCUCUGUGGAAUAGAUGAAGAAGUAUUCCUCAAUAUUCCUUGUGUCCUGGGAGAGGAUGGUAUUACCAACCUUAUAAAGAUAAAGCUGCCCCCUGAAGAGGAGGCCCACCUGAAAGAGAGUGCAAAAACACUUUGGGAAAUUCAGUAGGAGCUUCAGUAGAAGCUUUAAAGUUGUCUAAAACUACCAUUCUGAAAUUACUGAAGGUAUCAUAGAUACAGGAUUAUAUAUCAAAAUUUUGAAUAAACUUAAAUUCCUAAAAUAUGGGAACAGGAAAGUACGUAAAGUGACUUACCUAUUUAUUUAGUCCUCCAGUUCUUUUAUUUAGAAUCCAGGUGCUGGAUGAUACUUAUUUACAAUUCCUAAAGAAAGUGUUUUUGGUACCCUGAUGUAGCAGCACUUGCCUUGUUAUAUAUGUAGUUGGCAUUUGGUUCCCAAAAAGUAGGAUGUAGUAUUUAUUGUGUUCUAGAUAUUCUGAUUAUUUUCAUUAGAUACAUGCUUUCUUCUUGCUGGCUUACACCUAUGUUCAUUUAUGUGCUGUAAAAAAGUUGUAACUUCCUCUACAAUGUAAAAAUAAAAGUAUAUACAUACAGGUAUUUUUUAUAAGUACCCAUCUUGAAACCGCCUUCAUUUCCUCUGGGACGGCCUUUCAGCUGGGUCGUUAAAAAGACAUGAAGUGGGGACUGCAGCUGCACGUUGGGCGUGUGUGUACACGCGCACACGUGUAUGUGCGCACACCAGUGAAGCAGGAUCAUUUGGUUAAGAUAUGAAAAUAGUGAUCUGAUGGUAGCUGUUAUAAAAUGUUUAACGCAGUAAUUCAGAAAGCUUUUAGAAAGAGGCUUGACAGUCAGAGGUGGUAUAGUUACUGUUGUUUGUUUGGCCGGGAAAGGAAACUUCCCUAAAUUUGCAGUUACCAAAAAUAAAGCCUGACUGAGUGAAAAUCAUUUUAGAAUCACUCCUGAGAACCUGACCUGUUUAGCACAUUAAAUCAAGAAGCAUGUUAGAAAUUGUUCUUACUGAGCUGGCUCUUAGCUUCAGAGUGGCCCUGGCUCUAAGAGGCUCCUGGGUUAUUCCUGCUCUUCAGUUUAUUUCAUGUUUACAGAAAGUUUUUGCUUUUGAAUUUGUGCCUUAUUGUGAAUUACUAUCAUAAAAAUUGGCCAUUUUGAUGCAUACUUCAGGGAUUGUAUUUCUCAGAAAGUUACAUGUUUGCUGUGUACUUCUAAAUCAAUUGACUUUACUACAGAUUCUGGACUUUAUGCGUGUGAUACAGUGAAAGUUGGGGAGAAAGUAAAAAUGUUUGUCUGACAUUUACCUGAAUGAUAGGAUUAGUAGCUUAGAAAAUGGAAAGCUAAGAUGUAAAAAUUCACAUUCGCUUUCCUAAUGCAGUUGAAUAUUUAAUAAUAUGGUAUGUUCAAAUACAUUUCAUCUCAGGAUCCAUGUGGAAAGCAACAAAACUAGUCAAAAGUGAAAAUAUCAGAAUCUGCCCUCUAAACCAGGCCAGUCCUGCUUAGCUGAAUUUUAUCAAGCAUGACGGUGAUCUCCAAAACACUGACCCUUUUCUACCCUGACCAGAACUCCCAUACUGCUUUAUUGAAAACAUCUAAAAAUGUUGAUUUCUCAGGAAGCAGUGUCACAUAAUGGGACUCACUGAUGUGCUGGGCUCCUUGAAAGUGGGAAGAGUGGUGUUUCAGCUCUAGGUGGUUUUAGGAGCUUUUGAGAGCUCAGCUGCGGAAUUUGAGAGCUUGUAAUUCCAACAACUGCCUAUUUAUUGGAAUUGAUGCUUAAGGACUUUCUAAAAUUAAUUAAAUUGGGGACAUAACCUGAGGCUUUUAAGUAAUUUUUCGGCACACUGUAUAUUAGGCCAAAUGUUUUCAAGUGAUUUUCCCCUACCAAGACAUGCAUGGUAAAUGUGCAGCAGUGUCCCCUGUGCAUAUUCAGGCAGGAUACAGAGUAAGCACAUAGGCUGUGCAGUCAGAUCUGCUCUUACCAGCCAUGGCACUGAGCACAUUGUUUAGUUUAUCUGAGCUUCCAUCACCAUAUCUUUGAAGGAGGGAUGAUAUUUGCCUCACUUUGUUGUUGGGAGGGUUAAAUGAGAAAUAUGGCUGGCAUCCGGUAAGGACUCUCUUAAGUGGCAUCAGUGGUUGGCCUCACUCCUGGCCUACUGGCUAUAUGGCCUAUUGAAAUGUGAAUGAGAAUAACAUUAUUAGAGGCAUAAUCCUGAAUCUGUUUUAAUGUCUAAAAAGGCCAUUGUAUCUACAGAACAUCCAUAUUUGUGACAAAUUACUUGUAAUACAUUUUCCAUUUGUCUUGACACUCCAUUUGAGCACUACUACCUCAGACGGUGGUACUUUCUGUGACUAUUACAAUGCAGCACUGUUGGACACAAAGCACUGGGACGAAGAAAUGAGGAUGGUGGGCCCAUGGCACUGGGGAGUAAUACUCAUGUCUUAGACAGAUGAGGAUGGUGGGCACAUGGCACUGGGGAGUACCAUUCGUGUCUUGGUUUUGUUUGGUUUUGGUUUCUUUUGAGAUGGAGUCUCACUCUGUGGCCCAGGCUGGAGUGCAGUGGCAUGCUUUUGGCUCACUGCAACCUCCGCUUCCUGGGUUCAAGCAAUUCUCCUGCCCCAGCUUCCUGAGUAGCUGGGGCUACAGGCAUGCGCCACCAUGCCUGGCUAAUUUUUGUAUUUUUAGUAGAGACGGGAUUUUACCACGUUGGCCAGGUCUCGAAUUCCUGGCCUCAAGUGAGCCAACUGUUUAGGCCUCCCAAAGUGUUGGGAUUACAGGUGUGAGCCACCACACUCCACUCAUGUCUUAGUUUUUAUGGAAAGCACCCCCUGGAGGUGUGCAGGGCACAGCAGCACUGCUUGGAAGGGUAACCCUGUUAUCCAUAGUAUAGGAAAAUUUUCCCUGGUCAGAGGAAAGGAGAGAGAACUACAGUUUGGAAAAUGCUUGGGAGUAAAACGGAGUUGCUGGAUGGGUACUCUAGUUCCCAGCAUACCCCCUCACCAGACUUUUGGGGUACAGGGCAGACAGACAGUUCUAUGGCAGUAGCUGUGAUUAUCAAGGAAUUCAGUACAUUUACUUUAUAACCAAAUUUGCUUAAAUGCACUCAACCGCUAAAUCUUUUUUCAAGCACAUCUUUAAACAGGGAAAUGUUCUGUUGGCUUCAUGUAUAGAGAAUCAUUGGUGAAACCAAUACCUUUUCUGAACUGCAUAUCAGAAAUUGAUAUAGGUGGAAACGAUGUGAAGGUUUUCAUUUACUGUCCAUGUAAUAUGAACAGUAUGAGCUGAAAAGCCUUCUGUGGAGCCCAUUCUCUAAAGCCACUUGAGGUCCUGUUUAUAUCUUAAAUGUCUGAAUUUCCAUUUCCACAGCUGUAAACUUAGAGAACAGGGAUAGAUGGUACCCUUUACCCAUCUCUGUUCCUUUCCCUCAUCUCAGGCCUGUCUAUUCCUAGUUAGUUACUUUUCAGAUAUGAGUGCUUCUAGUGAUUCAGUUACCAUGACCCUGGGCACAAGUAAAUAAUUUAAUAUUUGAGAAAUUAGAGGAAAGAAAGCAAUCAGGCCAAGAGGAGGAAAUGGAAACGUAACCCUGCCGAAGGACAGCAGGACCGCCCCUUGCUCUCCUCCCCUGGCCUCACCUGCAUUUCCCAGCCUCUCCCUUCUCAGCAGCUGACCACAUUCCAGACCACUGGAAGGGAGACUGGUGAAUGAUUCUGUUCAUGUCUUGGCUAUCUGACAUCCCAUUUGAAAACCGUCAUCUGGCUUAGUUGUAAAAGAUGUUCAACCGGAAGAGUGAAGAGAAAACCAGGCAGCACAUUGCCAACCCUGGCCAGAGAGAUGUCUGUUUUUCAACUACAAAAGUCUACGCAAAGUUCCUCAGUGGGGGCGAUAUUAAUGUUUUGGACAAAGCAACUAAUUAUUUAUGGAAGAGGGAGUGGGGAGGGAGACAUCCAUGAGCUGUGUGUCUUCAAGAUUAGUGUCUGGGUCUAGAACACUGAGAUGGCUGGCACAGAUACAGACAAUAUAUAAUACAGAAGGAAGACCUUACGUAUCUUCCAGUGACAGAAUAUGUAAACUAAAAUGAUAUAUAGCUAUAAAGUAAUGUACUUAACAGACAUUCCAUAAUAUUUAUAUCCAUGUGAGCUUUGUUCUCGGAAUAUAGCACACAUAUGUCGAUAAUACAGCAAUGAUAAUAGCUAAUGUAUAUUGAGCACUUUCCAUGUGUUGGACGCUGUGCUUUAUAUGCGUCAUCUCACUUAAUCCUUAAUCCUCACAACUCUUUAAGCAGGUAAUUACUGUCUCCAUUCUACAUACGUGGAAACUAUGGCUUAAUAGAGUAAGCAGCUUUCCCAAAUGCUGGAGCUAGGAUUUGAACAGAGUCUAUGCUGCUGACAGCAGUGCUACAGUUUGCAGCAGUGCUACGAUUUGCAGCAGUGCUACAGUUUGCAGCAGUGCUAGGAGUAAAUGCCUAGGAUUUACAAGUCCCAAACCCCUAAAUCUGGAAACAAGGUAAAGAUUCAGCCUCAAAUUGAAAUAAAGCAUCGACAUUAAAGAAAUAUUAGCUGAUUCUCAAAAUAACCACUCUAAGAAAUGACUUGCAUAUUGCAAAUGAGUCCAGCAUACUUCACAAACCUGAUCAAGGCAAUCUCUAUCCUUAGGAAAAUAUGACUGGCAGAUGGCUGAUGAGAAAAAAUUGGAAGGCAGUGCUGUGGUGCUGAAAUAUCUUUGUAGGAGGACCGUAUAGAUUAACCAGGAUGAAUCAGAGAGUGUGUUACUAGUACUGUCCAAUGUAAAGAUCACCUAACUUCC